AUGGACAAUAUGGACGCCGACCAGAUCCGCAAUAAGCGGCUAGCUAAGCUUGCUUCCCAAGCUACCAACUCUUCAUCGUCACCGAACGAAGAAUCUCAGCCUCCCUCAAAGGCCACCUCACCUCCACCAGCCCCUCAGCAGCAACUCCCGCAGACAAGCUCUUCUGGCGGAACGAAGCCAGAGUCAGACCCUGAUGCGAAUAAUUACAUGGAAAUGAAGCGUAUCAGAAUUACACAAGCAGGAAAUCAAGGGUCAGCAGCCAAGAGCUUAUCCAAGCGUCCAGAGACCAUUGAAGAGUUCGAGAACCGGACAAUAUGCAACAUAUUUAGACUAUCCCUGGAUGAAAAUAGACGCACGGAUAUACAUGGCCAGAAGUUGACAUACCUACGCGGAGUACGUCGGGAUUUAGAAGAGGACAAGGCUCCUAUACGGAUGAGCGUCACGAUUCUCGACCAAGCGUUGCUUGAAGCUGCUUCACAGACAGAUAAUCAAAAGCCUCUUUCAUACUUACUGCCAUGCUGGAAGAGGAUAUCCACCUUAUUUAAGGGUUUUAGGAAGCCGGCAGUUGGUGAUCCUAAAUAUGAUAUCAUUCUAGAGGCCCGGAGGUUAUGCAUGGGCUACUGUAUAUUUGCAGCGACGAUGCCAGAGAUGUUCGGAGUCGAAUCACCUCCGUCUGCUCCCCUAAAACCACAUCUCUUAUUGGAUCCAGAUGACGAUCAAGGGCUCAACCAGGAAUUUGUUUUGGAGGCCCUCAAACGUAUAGAGGAAGAUGACUCAAUUCUUCCUACUUUUGUCACAGCUGUUGAGGAAAUGAGCCAUGAUCUCUCAAUGAUUACUCUAGACGAUGAUUAUCACCCUUAUAUGAUGGCCCUGAGGAAUCUUGUGCGCUACCCAGCAAUAGCUACCGCUAUUACAGACUCUCCUAAGUUUAAUCCAGCGACUUCGGCCCCUUACUUCGAGACUAUGACUAUACUUGGCCCUUGGUUUGCCCUCUCUCCUCUCCAUCCUAACGUCACCCUCAAAUAUUUCUCCAGCCCGAAGACUCGUGACCAACUCUUUAUCUUAAAUGCUCAGAGAUCCAUGAGGAUGACCCAGCAACUGGUACAAAGUGAAUUACUUGACAUCAUCAACCAGUUGAUCCGGGCUUCGAAAUCCGCACGAGAACACGUAUUGGACUGGUUUUCGGCGUCCUUAAACUUGAAUCACAAGCGCAGAGCUCUCAAUGUAGACCCUAAACAGGUCUCUUCUGAUGGGUUUAUGUUUAACAUAACUACCUGUCUAGACCAGCUCUGUGAACCAUUCAUGGAUGCUACUUUCACAAAGAUUGACAGAAUAGAGCUAGAAUAUGUCCAACGGAAACCACGAGUCCAAAUGAGGGACGAAACAAAAAUAAAUGCUGAUCAAGAAACCUCGGACGCAUUCUACGACAAGAUCGUAGACGGCUCAUCAAAUUUCAUUACUGAAAUAUUUUUCUUGACAGUCGCCGCUCACCAUUAUGGUAGCGAAUCAUUGACAACAAAACUUAACGAUCUUCAUAGACACAUUCGAGAUAUGCAAUCUCAAAUAGAUCGGUUUGAGCUUGAGAGACCUCGAUGGGCUUCUAACCAUGUCCAGCUUAGGAUGUUUGAGGAAGCACUUAAGAAGUAUAAAGACCGGCUAGAGCUGGGUAUGGCUCUCGAAUAUGCUCUCCAAGGUCUGCUUCUCGACGAACUUUGGCAGUCUAGGUCCAUGCAAUUCAUGAGAUAUGUGAUAGUCUGGUUACUACGCUUGAUAUCUAAGCGCGAUUUCCCAAAAGAACAAGUUCAGCUCCCGCUACCAGAAGAACAAUCAGAAGUGCUGAAGUUUCUGCCGGAGUAUUUCCUUGACGACAUAAUCAGCAACUUCAAGUUCAUACUGUUGAACAUGCCCCAGGUCGUGACUUCAACACAGGGAGAUGAGUUGGUAAUUCUCUGUAUCACGCUUCUACAGAGUUCCAACUAUAUUAAAAAUCCUUUUAUGAAAUCGGGUUUGGUGACUAUCUUAUACUAUGGUACAUUGUCUCGACGAAGUGGGGGAAGAGGAAUUUUCGUCGACAUGUUCAACUCGAUGCCAUUCGCUCUGAGCCAUCUACUCCACAGUUUGAUGACAUUUUACAUUGAAGCGGAGUUCACUGGCACUCACACGCAGUUUAGUGAUAAAUUCAGCAUCCGAUAUGAGAUAUUCCAGAUUAUCAAAUGUAUCUGGCCGAACCAAGUCUAUAGAGACAAACUCUCCGUCGAAGCGAAGAAGAAUCUGGACUUUUUUGUUCAAUUCGUGAAUCUUCUCCUGAACGAUGUAACUUAUAUCCUCGACCUAUCAUUCACGUCGUUCAUUAAGAUCCAUGACACUCAGGAGGAACUGAAUCGAGAGGGAAGCUCAAUGGAGGAGAGCGUUCGAAAAGAAAAAGAAGAGUUCCUGGACGGGGAAAAGCGUCGUGCGAAGUCAACUAUGCAAUUAACCAACGAAACGGUUGCUAUGCUAAAGCUUUUUACCGAAGCGUUGGCCGACUCGUUUACCAUGAAGGAGAUUGUACAACGUCUGGCUGACAUGAUCAACUAUAACCUUGAUGCCAUGGUUGGCCCGAAGAGCACAAACUUGCGUGUGGACAACCCUGCCGAAUACGGCUUUAAUCCUCGUAAUAUGUUGAACGACAUCACAGAUGUUUAUCUGAAUCUGAUAGGCAAGGAAAGCUUUAUUCUGGCUGUUGCUCGGGACGGUCGCUCGUAUAAACCGGCGAACUUUGAGAAGGCGGCCGAAAUUCUUCGAAAGUUCGCCCUUAAAUCCCCCGAAGAUCUGGCUAAAUGGGAUAAGCUCCAGGCCGCCGUCAAGAAAGCAAAGGAGGAAGAUGAACAGGCAGAAGAGGAUCUAGGAGAGAUUCCAGAUGAGUACUUAGACCCUCUUAUGUAUACACUCAUGGAGGACCCCGUUAUUCUCCCAAGCUCCAAGGUAUCAAUCGAUAGGUCGACUAUCAGGUCCCAUCUUCUAAGCGACCCCAACGAUCCAUUCAACCGAGCUCCUCUGAAAAUCGAGGAGGUUGUUCCGGAUGUCAAUCUCCGAGAAAAGAUCGAAGCUUUCAAAGCGGAGAAACGGGCCGCGAGGUUGGCUGACAAAGUAGCGGAAAACAGUGACAAGAUGGAGACUGGUGCUGGCUAG